AUGGCGAGUACAUGCAAAUCCGAGAUGGAUCACUUCACCACUACAACACCACCAGCAACUUCGUCUCGUGCUUCGACUUUGCCCAGCGCCAGUGUUGAACGCUCAAGUGUCUCUAUGGAACCGCCUAGGAUGAACGAUGCCGCUGACUUCAAGGCGUAUCCGCAUAUUUCGGAUCCUGUGGAUUACAACCCGACUCAGAUGCUCAUGCAAACGCCCAUCACCAUCGAAUGUGGGUCCGAUUUGGAGACCAAGCUCACUCUACAUGAAGAGAUUCUGUGUUGCCACAGCAAGCAACUUCAAGCUCGAUUCUCCAAGGCAAAGUCGGCCAGGACACAAUUCGCAAAGUCCGAAAAGUUUCGCGAACGAAUGGCCGCAUACAUGUACCCAGAGAUUACGCAGAAGGAAUUUGAAGAUGGACAUCUUGAACAGCUAGUCAAACCGUUGAUAAAGCAAGCAUCAGAGAACUAUCCUCUGAUAGGCUAUGCCUCUGGCAUCAAGAAACUCAUCAUGGACGAAGUCGCAGCGCAAAUCUCCGCCAAGAACAUCAAGAAGAUGGUCCAAAAGCCUUCGCAGAUUCCCUCUGACUUGAGUCUAGCUGGACGUCUAGAGAUUCUCAAGCCCCACGCCGUACAAGCUGUCGCCUCCCAGCUCUUCGUCAGACUCCACGCGAUCAACAAGGCUGAAGUCAAGAAGGCUGAACAAGAUCCUCUAAAAGCGGCCGCGCAGCACCGUCUUGUGCUACCAGAUGUUGAGGAGGUGACUGUCCGAUUGUUCAUGCAGUGGAUCUAUCGGGGGACCUUUUCGUACAAGGGUUCAGAGCAGCUCUACUCUGUUUUGAAGCUGGCUACACAGUUUGGAGUUGAUGCGCUUGCUACUAUCUGCCUCAACAAGUUGUACAAGGCUGCGAACGACAGUCUCUUGCAUGCCUCCAGUCAUGGUGUUUCUCUUCGAACUCUGUUGGGAUAUGGUCCAGAUGCCGCCACUGACGACCUUGUUGGGGUUGUAUUCAAGCAUGCCGUCAAAAACGAGAAUACGCCCAAGCAGCUCAAGAGUCUAGUCGUUGAUACCUUGGCAGCAAUGCUCGACCCUGACCUAUGGCAGCAUGUGAAAGAUCUGGUUAACCACGGAAUGGCUCUACAGGUCAUCGAAGCAAUGAUCGAGUUGCGCCAGCAUGUCAAACCGGAGACGGACGAUCAGUAG